CACAGAGCAGCGCCCAAACGUCGUCAGUUCAUAGCAGCCCAGGGCUGUCAAAACCGACUGCAAUCUUCCAUCCCGGUUGGAAUUCUUCACGCCCAUUUCUUCUCACCGAGAUUCCACCGACCCCCAUUUGCCACUGGCAAGCACAGUCAUUUCUGAUUCUUCCCAUUCGACACGACAAAAUGACAGAUGUCGCAAGUCAUGGCGGAGAGCCCCACCAUCGAAUGCAUGGACCGGUCUCCGCGCUCCGCUCAUCCGCGCCGAAGCCGAAGCGGGCGCCAACUCGCGUCUCGAUCAUCACCCCGAAAGGCUCCACAACUGCCGAUGACAGCAGACUGCGCUCCGCUUCCGUUAGUACGCCGCCGGGCUUGCACGUAUCAUCGACGACAUGGAAGAGGCUCAUCCUAACACUCGACGGCGGUGGAAUCCGGGCAUACUCGUCGCUCAUUAUCCUCCGCGACCUGAUGCACGAGAUCGAGCGCAUCGAGCAGUCACUCGAUCCCCGCGCCGCAGCCAGCACCCAUACCGACCGCAUUCCCCGAGAUCAGAUUCCUGAUGAUGUGCUCCGAGAAGGGCAAUACCUGCCCUGCCACUACUUCGACUACAUUGCUGGCACCAGCGUCGGCGGCUUGAUAGCCAUCAUGCUGGGCAUGUUUGGAAUGAGCGUGGACGACUGCAUCAACGAGUUCCACCGCCAGCACAAGGCCAUUCCGCUGGCCGACGACGCCUCGGUCGUCUCUUCAAUCGACUUUCCGCUUGUCUACCGGCGCAGCACCUGGCCGACCAAGCGCACUCGCUCCUUCUUCGACACCUUCGCCAAGUUCACCGUGACCGCCACCGCCCGCACCCUGACAGGCUCCUCCACUACUCCUUCCAUAUCCCGCGCAUCAUCACAGGUAUCCGCCGCAUCAAGCGAAUUUCGUAAAGACACGUAUCAAUGCCAGACCCUCGCCUGGUGCACCGAAGUCGAGACGCGCCGGUCGCGGCGGCCCUACGCCUUCUGCACCUACGCGGAAGAUGAGAAUGACCCCGAACAGCUCAUCUCGAUCCCGGAGGUGGCCAAAGCCAUCACCACGCCUUCCCGCUACUCCUUCAAGCCCUUCAAGCUCGGCUCAGGCCACUUCGUCGACGGCAGCAAGCAGAUACGGGACCCCACCCUCGAAGUUCUCAAAGAAAUCAGUUCCCUGCUCGACGAGGCCGAGCCCGCCAUCGACCUCCUACUGAGCCUGGGCACCGACGAGCAUCAGGCCUGGUUCUACGAAAAGCUGCGCUCCUUCACCUCCUCCGCAGUACUCACCGAAGAGGACGACCAGAACAAAAAAAAGGCCAUCACCGCCGAGCAAGGCCGCUCCUACAACCACUACCACCGUUUCGAAGUCCCUUCCAUCAAGCUCGGCUGGCGCAAAAAGUUCUUCCUCGCCGAGAUCGAAGGGGAAACUACUAAGUGGCUGGCCCAGCCAGAGCAAAAGGCGCGCAUCACACAGUACGCUACCAUGCUCGUCGAGCGGCGGCGCGCGCGGGCCGCCACGGCGAGGUGGGAGACGUUUGCGCUGGGGGUGCGGUACGUUUGUUUUCAUGAGGCGUGUAAUAAGAGCAUGGAAGGGGAGGAAGGGGUGAGCAAUAGCCCUAAGCAGGUGUUUACGGGGAGAGGGGAUUUCUUUGAUCAUCUCGAUCGGAGGCAUGAGCUGGGGAGAUUGGCGGCGAGAGGGCUGGUGGAUAUUGAGGAGGAGUUGGAUCGGGGGAGGAGGUUUGGGUGUACGUGAUGGAGGGAGAGGAUCGAUUGGUGUUACGUUCUGUUGUUCUCGAGGAGGAGAUUGUUUUGGUAGGCUGCAUAUGCAUAGUGAGCAUGGCGUUUUUUGGAGCAGUCUGUAGACGGACCAGUCUUUUCGUGGACAGGCUUAUACCAUACGUACGGAGGACCUGGUGGGAGGUUAAUGGCCGUGGGGUCUGGUGGUGUUCCUUUGCUUUGGGUU